AUGGGACCAGUGAUACAGGAAAACAAAGAAGGGCAGCAAAAUCAAGCCCGGCCGUGGGUGAAACUUCGUCAAGGGACUGUGGUUGGAAUUACGCUCUACCAACCUGAUGAAAACGAAACCCACGGGUCUGAAAAGCCGGUGCCGGUGCAAGCGUUCCUGGGCAUUCCAUACGCCCUUCCACCCACAGGCGACCGACGCUUUCGCCCACCGGUGAAGAUCGGAGACUCUUCAGACCUGUCAAUCGACGCGUCUCGAUAUGGGCCUGCCGCUCCAGGAAAGCCUCUCUUGCGCGCAGGACCCAAGCUGGAAUACAGUGAGGACUGUCUGACCGUGAAUGUAUUCCGGCAGCAGCAGGUGCCUCAACCUCAACCUCAUUCUCAAGGAGGAGAGGACCUAGGCAGCGGUCUUCUACCCGUGGCGAUCUACGUGCACGGAGGAGCGUUCAAUCGAGGAAGCGCGUCCAUGCACGACACUGCUUCGUUGGUGGCCUGGUCGGAGCAGCCGUUUGUUGCUGUCUCGUUCAACUAUCGUGUCGGGGCUCUGGGUUUCCUCCCGUCCAGUCUGAGCGCCAAAGAAGGUGCUCUCAACCUCGGUCUCAAGGACCAGAAACUGCUCUUCGAGUGGGUCCAAGAGAACAUUGGGUCUUUUGGAGGUGACAAGAAUAAUGUCACGCUCUUUGGUCUUUCUGCUGGUGCUCAUUCGAUAGGACACCAUAUGAUGAGACACAACGACCAAAACCCGGGCCCUUUCCACCGAGUCAUCAUGGAGUCUGGCGCUCCAACCUCGAGAGCUGUACGGGCGUUCGACUCGGAACUGCAUGAACGGCAAUUCCACGAGUUCUUGACCGAAGUCGGCUGCCCCAGCGAUCUUCCGUCUGCCCAAGUCUUCCCUUUCUUGCGCUCGCUGUCUCUGUCUGUCAUCACCAAGGCGCAAGAAACCGUCUUUGAUAGAUACAAUCCGUCACUCCGUUGGGCGUUCCAACCGGUCAUCGAUGGCGAGAUGAUUCUCCGCAAACCCAUUGACAGUUGGCGCUCGGGCAACUAUUACAAGGUGCCCAUCAUGACCGGAUUCUGCGGCAACGAGGGCUCCCUGUACGUGGACAAGCAGAUGUCCACGGACGAGCAGUUCGUCGACUUCUUUCGAACUCUUCUCCCGCAAUUGUCCGAUGCGGACAUUGACACGGUCGCUCACACGCUCUACCCGGAUCCCGAAACGUCCAAGGAUCUCACCUACAAGGAGACCAGGCAAAGCACUGAGAUCGGACCACAGUACAAGCGGGUGGAGGCUGCAUAUGGCCACUACGCCUAUGUCGCCCCAGCCCGGCAGACGGCAGAGUUGGCCUCCAAGACUGAAUCACACCCUCCUACGUUUUUAUAUCAUUGGGCGCUACCCUCCACCGUGAUCGGCGGCGCCACCCACGGUGACAACAUGCGCUAUGAGACUUACAGCGCCGGAGUGCGCUCCUUAUCACAGAACCAAAAAGAAAUCUCAGGGAUGCUACACGCAUACGUCACCAGUUUUAUCUGCAACCACGGGAAUCCCAACGCCAUCACUGGCAGGUGGGCUAACAGACCGAAGUGGGAGCCUUACCAGGCGGAAGAACAAUCCAAGUCCAAGCCCAAGACUAUGAUCUUUGGGAAAGGGAUCGAGGAACUUAUUGGUGGACCUAAUACUGGUAAGCUGGUCGAGCUGGUGUAUGAUGAUUGGGCAGUAGAGCAGUCUCGAUUCUGGUGGGACAGGGUCGAGGUAACUCAGCAAUGA